ACUUAGUUUAGACAUAGCUGCCAAUCUAAUCCAGCCUUGCAGUUGGUAUCGACCUCUCAGCCUGCUGCAGUGUGCCGUCCAAGCAUGUCUAAGGAGUUGGAGCUUGCCUUUCGGCCGGACAACGAGCUGACUGAGGUGAUGCGCCUGCGGGUUCAGUCUCUGCAGCAGCGAGGCCAGAAGAGGCAGGAUGGUGAGCGCCUGCUGCUGCCCAACGAGGCCGUGUACCGACUGGAUUUCACAAAACAGUCCCUCCGAUUCUCUCGGUGGACGGUGCGACUGGCCCAGAUGGGACGCCUCACCGUCACGGCCACCUCGCAGCUCUGGACGCCCGACCUCACCAACCUGAUGACGCGUCAGCUGCUGGAGCCCGUCGGUGCUUUCUGGCGGGACCAGGGCGACGGCAACAAUGCGCCCAUCAAGUGCUACGAGGCUGACGCACACGAGUUUGGUGAGAGGAUCGCAGAGCUGGCCAAGGUAAGGAAGGUGAUGUACUUCCUGUUCGCAUUUGCGGACGGCUGCAGCCCUGAGACUGUCGACUGCUCCAUCACCUUCACAGCGGAAAGUUGAGACUUUUUUAAAAAUGGAGAAAUACUAGCUAUGAACUCUUUUUCUGUGCUUGUGUGCGUUUAGUUGAGGAAGCAAAGUUAUUUUCGGUUAAACUUGCAUUUUCUGUAUGGAUGGCUCCAAGUGUCAGCAGAAGAGAACGUCACAUCAUCUGACAGCCUGUAAGGUUCACUCUCCUUUUGCAGCUAAACUCAUUUUCAAAAACAAUACUUCUGUUACUGAACCUGUUGAACCUGUUGAACCUGUUGUUGAAAAAACGUGUUUCUUUGUAUCUUUAUAUCUAUAUCUAUAUUUAUAUAUGAUGUUA